AUGCCUGAUCCGGAAUCUGAUGCAAUUGAUGACAUCUCGGAUUGGGAAGCUGAAGAGGGUCUACCCCAACUUUCGGACCCUUUCCUUCAGCAAUGGCUUAGCGGGAGAGAGGCUUUGAUCGAAGAGGAGCAAAUGAAGCGAAGUGACAAUGCAUUCCGUCAAUCUCUAACGCCACUUGCUGUGGAAGCUUGCGCUAUCGUAUCUCGCGUUUUGGCCGAGGAGCGUAGAACAACCUGGACAGAAAGGUUGCAGCACGAUGUGGCUGAAACGGAGGGCAUUGACAUGUAUCCAGGCAUGAUCUUCCACCUGGCCAGAGAUACCAUGGAGAAAACAAAAUCAUGGGAAAUUAUCAAGCAUAUGCCUAAAGGAGCAUUGCUGCAUGCCCACGCUGAUGCUACUAUGAACGUUGCGUUUUUAAUCAAGCAGGCUUUAGCAACGGAGGGAAUGGCUAUCAGCUCUGAUUACCCUUUAACAGACGCGAGUGCACGAGCACGGGCAAGCGUGCUCUUUCGGUUUAGGAAGUCCUUCGAUCACCCAGGUCCGUCAAUAUGGACGGCGGACUAUAAAUCUAAUACCUUUGUUCCUUUGAGAGAAGCUGCAGCGGCAUUUCCAAACGGCGGCUUCGACGGCUUUAAGACAUGGGUGACUAGCAUCUGUACCAUAAAUGCAGAGGAUUCUCUAAAGCAUUACCACGGCGUUGAUAUGAUCUGGCAAAAAUUUGCAAGUUGUUUCCAGCCAUUGGAUGCACUGCAAAGUUAUGAGCCUAUUCUCCGAGCGAGUAUCCGUCAUCUUCUCGAAGACCUAAUUCAAGACGGCAUAAGAUGGGUGGAUUUCCGAUGCAUCUUUGGCAGUUCUAAGUUUUUCAAAGAAGGAAAAGAAGAUGCGUCUCCCCACUCCAUGGAUCUUCUACAAGUGUGGUCGGAGGAGAUACACAGCUUUCAGGAGUCAGAAGACGGUAAAGGGUUCUGGGGCUGUCGCUUCAUUUGGACGACUUUACGAUCGUGGAGCAGGAAGCAAGUGUUGGAGCAUAUGAAGUCUUGUAUCGAAAUGAAGCUCGAAUUUCCAGAUCUCAUCUGUGGUUUUGACUGCGUGGGAUACGAAAACGCUGGCCGAUCACUGGCAGACCUGACGCCUGAAUUGUUCUGGUUCAAAAAGAGAUGUGUAGAGAACGGCGUCGACAUACCUUUCUUCUUCCACGCCGGCGAGUGCAUCGGCGAUGGGGACGAAGCGGACCAGAACCUGUUCGACGCCAUUCUUCUCGGUACCCGGCGAAUAGGUCACGGAUUUUCGCUCUACCGACAUCCACUGCUCAUAGACAUGGUAAAGUCAAAGAGAAUACUCGUUGAAUGUUGUCCGAUCUCAAAUGAGAUCCUGCGUCUGACCAGUUCUAUAAAAGCUCACUCAUUGCCAGCUUUGCUUUCUCGUGGUGUCCCGUGUUGUCUUUCGAAUGAUGAUCCAGGAGUCUUAGGGUACGAGUCGAGCGGGGUGACGCACGAUUUCUGGCAAGCAUUACAAGGGUGGGAGAAUCUUGGACUGGAGGGACUCGGCUCUCUUGCUGAGAAUGGAGUAAGGUGGGCUUGUUACGAGGAUCAGAGUAGCAAAGAGUGGGGCAAAGACAUUGCAGAUGGUAAGUACGGCCAAGGAAUUCGAGCAAUUAGAAUGCGGCAAUGGACGGAGGACUGGAACAAGUUUUGUGAAUGGAUUGUAGAAAAUUACGCAAUUCAGUACGGCGGUAGUGACAUAUAG